AUGUCGUUGAGCGCGACCGUUCAGACGGUGCGCGGCACAAGGACCAAUAGCCUCGACCAUCUUGAUUUUCAAGAGCGCCGGCAGCUGAUUGCGAGCUCGUUGUCUUUAACGGAUUUCUUACAUGUUGGAGCGAAAGAGGUGGCGGCUGUCGCUGCCAAAAAACAAAAUGGUACAGCGGUACGAACAAAUAGCUUGGGUUCCGGUGCGCGCACGCCACCCGCGGAGCGAACCAAGUCGAAAUUCUCAGCAUUCGGUAGACUUUUUAAGCCAUGGAAGUGGAAACGAAAAAAAAAAUCGGAGAAAUUCGAAGCAGCCUCUAGAACUUUAGAAAGGAAGAUAUCCGUCCGAGCCAAUAGAGAAGAGUUAGUCCAGAAAGGUAUUCUCCUACCAGAAAGUCCAGUCACGCCCGUACCCGAAGGUGAUGAAGAAGAAUACACAGAUAACAGAGCCAGCGAGAAGGGUCCGACGAUAACAAGCAUGCACGCCGCCCUGCAAGCACAACUCGCGUCGCACGUCGCACAUCAGCAAGCGGCUCUAGCAGCAGCUGUUGCAGCGGCGGCGGCUGCACACCACCACCCGCAGAAUAAUAAUGUCAUAGCGGUGAGCCACGGAUGGUACCGUAAACAGUGGGCUGUGUUCGCGAGGCGCGGGCGCGGUGCCGCGAGUGGGGCCGCGCGGCCGGCGGCCGCCGCCUCCUCCGCGCCCGCCCGCUCGUUCCAUGAUGGGCUACAUCAUGGGCUGUGCAUGCCUCAGAGGUAA